CGCGCAGUCGCGGGCCGGUAAGCGAGUGUUCGACAUGUCAUUCCCGCUGGUCCCCGAGGACAAGCAGGGCGGUGACGACCCCCCGGGGGACCUCCGCAGCGUCCUGGUCACUAGUGUGCUUAACCUGGAGACGCUGGAUGAGGAUCUUUUCAGAGGCCGGCAUUACUGGGUCCCCACAACGCAGCGCCUGUUUGGGGGUCAGAUUGUGGGCCAGGCCCUAGUGGCUGCCGCGAAGUCUGUGACAGAAGAUGUCAACGUGCAUUCGCUGCACUGCUACUUUGUCCGGGCAGGAGACCCAAAGGUGCCCGUGCUGUACCAGGUGGAGCGGAUCCGGACUGGGACCAGCUUUUCUGUGCGCUCUGUGAAGGCCGUACAGCACGGCAAGCCCAUCUUCAUUUGCCAGGCCUCCUUCCAGCAGGCUCAGCCCAGCCCCAUACAGCACCAGUUCUCCAUGCCCACUGUGCCGCCACCCGAGGAGCUGCUUGGCCAGAAGACCUUGAUUGACCAGUAUCUCAGGGACCCUAACCUCCAUGAGAAGUACCGAGUGGGGCUCAACCGAAUAGCUGCUCAGGAGGUGCCUAUUGAGAUCAGAGUGGUCAACCCACCCACCCUGAAGGAGCUACAGAAAUUGGAGUCCAAACAGAUGUUCUGGGUACGAGCCCAGGGCCAUAUAGGGGAGGGCGACAUCAAGAUGCACUGUUGUGUGGCUGCCUACAUCUCCGACUACGCCUUCCUGGGCACUGCUCUGCUGCCCCACAUAUCUCACCACCGGGCGCACUUCAUGGCCUCCUUGGACCACUCCAUGUGGUUCCAUGCCCCAUUCCGAGCUGACCACUGGAUGCUGUAUGAGUGCGAGAGCCCCUGGGCUGGUGGCUCCCGGGGGUUGGUCCAGGGACGACUGUGGCGUCGGGACGGGGUCCUAGCUGUGUCCUGUGCCCAGGAGGGCGUGAUCCGAGUAACACCCAGUGUCUCGAAGAGCAAACUGUAGCCAGCAGGGCCAGCUCAGCCUCAAGGACCUACUGGCUCACCCUCCUCUGAAGCUGGAGAUGAAGGUGGGGUCGGUGCCCUUCUUCCCCUCACAUUCCAAUAAACAGCCAGAAACCACUA